AUUUUCGCGCUACAACGCUGCAUGAGAAUCUACCACAUCAUUCUGCUUAGCACCAUACUCAACAGCGUGGCACUGAUUGCUGCGGCUUUUUCCCCUAAUAUCACAUGUAUGAGCAUAAUCUUCGGUGCUAUUCAUGGCUUCGGAAUGGGACUGUUCACCACGUCUGCGGGCAUCUACAUCCUUCUCUACUUCUACAAGUACAGGGCCACGGCUCUUUCAAUCUUUUAUGGCGUUGGCUGGGCCGUAGCCGGAAUAGUUGGACAGCUGAUACUGUCUGCCCUGGUGAACACAUACGGCUUUCAAGGCGGGUUAUUUUUGCUCGGCGGGAUUAUGAUGCACUCCAUCCCGAUCGUCAUGCUUGCCGGGAACCCUUCGCCGAUGUCCAUCGCAUGCAAGUGGCGGGAAACGGAUCCUGCCGAGAUUCGGAAAUCGGGACCGGAUGACUUGUGGAGCGCCAACGUCAUAAAUGAAGGGAAGGCAGAAGGACCUCAAGAGUUGCGACCUAUUUGCAAGCCGGCGCUACCUGAGAGCUGCUCCGUAAAACACGCCCUGGCACUCUUCGCCACGCCAGCUUUCUACGUCAUUGUUGCGGUCAUCAUCAUUGACGAUUACAGUAAUGUUCAGUUUUCCACGACAAUCGUGGACUACGCCAUCGAUAAAGGCAUCCCUCUGGAUACCGCUAAGACACUUAUCUCAUUUGCGUCUUCUGGCAACCUCAUCGGCCGCGUCGCGGUGCCAUUCCUGGCCGACAUCCGGCCGCGCUUGCGCAUUCCAAUUUACGUGCUGGCGUUUGUCUUAGUCACCACUGUGCUUAUUGCAACGACGCGAGUGUACGCCUACGAGGGUGUUGCGGCACUCACCCUUAUCCACGGAAUCUCCAAAGGAACAUUGUUGUGCUUUAGAACUGUCCUCAUUGCUGAGAUUCUGGGCGUCGACCGUUCGGCGGCCUGCGCUGGCAUCACGGGUGUUACAAUGAUACCACUUAGUCUGGCGAGCCCUGCAAUCCUAGGAUCCUUCCGGGAUGGAAGAGGCAGCUACGAUGGAUUUUAUUGGAUGCUAGCAGCGAUCAAUUUGGCGGCUGCUAUCACAUUCUCCAUAUUCGCUGUGCUUGAUCGGAGGCGGAGAAUCGGUACAUGGACGAACGAUGAUUGCGAGAAAAAGAACUGAACUUCGUUCCACAUAUCGUAAUGAAUAUACCUCACGUGAUGAUUCCACA